AGGCGUCGAGGCGGGUUGAAUGCCUAUCAUGUACUGUAUAACGAUCGCUCUGUAUUAAUGGUUGAUGUUUUAACUCAUCCAUCAAUAAGGUAUCAUAAUCCGAUACUUUACAUCUGAUGAACUGUUCCAUCAUCCAACGCACCUGUCCCGUUUUGUUGACAAGCGACACAUCCGAGGUCUAAGUAUGGCCGCCUCACAACAGUUCCUGUCUACACCCGCCAAAUUACCCAAAUUAUGGCAACCCAAGUUGCACGAAUGGAACCCUUAUCACUGCAGCUCUCCUGAUGUUGCCCACGCAGGAUGGCGGAAGUGGAGCGCGGAGCACCCAGACUGGUACGCACGUCGUGCUACGUCACAACAUCCAGACUGGUACAACCGGCGGAGGGAUACAGUGAGGAGAGCCGACUACAAGAACAUCAACUGGCACUACGAACGCCCCUCCAAGCCCACCAGUCGGACACACGACGACUUCGUCCCCUACACCAACGAGGUGAUGAUGAAAGACGUCAUCAAGCCCAUGUCACACAACAAGGGGUUCCAGGGCACCGUGACCUUUCCCAAACCCUUCCCCAUGGAAGUUCCUCCCCCUAAGUGGGGCCUGUACCACCCACCCCAUUACGAGGAACCCACCCGAUUCAACCACUUCCCACCCGUCCGAUACAGUGGAUAUUACAACUAAAGUGAAAAACGUCAUUCGUCACAACUCGCUACUCUCCGUAACCUACAGGGUCUACAUUCGGCUUCUUCCGGAAUUGUUUACAAAUAGCAGACACCAAUCGUCACCACUCGCCCGUUUAUGUGAAAAGCGUUCUUCGGCUUGUUCAGGACAAACAGCACUUGGUUCGUUCAGCUUUAUCCGAUACCUAUAAAAACCUAUAUUACUGAGCGCACUGAAAUUGUAAUUUUCGCAUCAAAAACUCUUCAAAGUUGAAGGAGUUCCCUACAUACACACAAUACGUCUUGGUGUCUGUCCGUUGCUAUUAGCUGCAGUUCACCCAAUUGGACCAUUCGUAUCCACUCUUGUAAUCCCGGGACAUUCACAAUACGGAAAGAGACGAGUGGUGACGAAUGUCAAAAGGAUGUUCUUAACAACAGGCAAUAUUAGAAUCUUAUAACAGUGAAACAUAUUUGAAGUAAAAUAUGCAUGGUAUAAUGAACACGUGACCGUCAUUCAAUACCUCCGACUUUUUAUAUUUUAUGGAUAAAAAGGCGUUGUAAUCAUAACAAUAUAUCAACGACUUUGGGUUUUUUUUUAAAAUCGUCGCAUGUUUUGAACAUGUUUUCACUUUGACAACUAUGAAUGCAUGCAUGUGGCUUAAAUCGUUUUACUAUCAGUGAUUGGAGUUCAAGACAAUAUAUUGGCCAACAGUUACAUUAAUCUGACAUUUGCAUGGUUGCUUUUAAUCACUGAGAUUAUUCUCACACCAGUUUCUAAUAACAUGGGUGCCGUUGUACAACUAAGACUAACGCAAGUCUAUGUUAAGGUAUGAGAGUUAUGGUGUCCUGAGUGCUAAGAUCGCUUUGUGCAACGGCAUCAUGGUCUUUUGCAACACACUUAUAUUUCGUGUACGUAUACGUACGGUGUGUCAAACAUAAAAGACCAUACAUCUAUUAGAACACCCGGUGUCAAGAAUGUGCAUUGAUACACGUUUAUAUAUCUGACAAAUAAGGUCAGAAACGCGAGUUCCAAAAUAACGACCAUCCUCGAUUAUACAGUGUAAUAUUUUACCUGGAUUCCAUUAAGCUGGAUAAUCGAGGACUACUCCGUCUCGCGACUUGUAGAGUUCUCCAUUCUCAAUGGCCUGCAUGAUUGUUAUAUGUGUAAGUUUUCUGUUUAUGAUUGCUCUCAAUUGCGUGGUAUGUUAUACUUAUCGACUGGAAUCGAUUUCUUAUCAAUGUGAUAUUCGUCGCUGACACUUAUUCUUAUUAAUAUUCAGUAAGCCAUGCUUGACAUCCCCAGUUAUUAAUUACAUAUAUUGAUGUAACUGACAAAUAAGGUAUCUAUAGUUGAUAUCUAUUGAUCUCUACACUGUUUCGUAUAUUCGAUGUGAACUAUUUUGUUGGAUUCAUCCUUGGAUCUUGAUCAUUUCAAAUAAAGUAUAUCUAUUAUAUUUAAGAAUUUGAAGAGUAUAAAAUUAUUUUAUCUGUAA